AUGAAACGACCAACGAUCGACUUGCCAUCGGACGUACCAAGAAAGAUAUCAACGAAACUAGCGAAUGUUGAUGAUCGGUUUAUGUAUUUGAAAAUGGCUGCAUCUGUUGAUACUUUUUGUACGACAAGUUCGGAUUUGGGAAAGGAAGCGGCUAAUUCAGUCGCGAAACCGAUAUUAGAUUUCGACUCGACGACGAAUGAUCUAGUGAGCAUGUCACGACUGGAUUUUGAUACGUCUAUUCCUUAUUUGGAAAUCGGUACAGUUCAACGUUUGACACUUGAAGAUCUUUUGACACCGAUCACUAUUGACCGUUUAAAACUCGAUGAUUUAUCGUCACGAACAAAGGCAGGCAAAUAUGACGAGAACUCGCUGAGAUCAUCGUUUGUCGACGACGUUUAUUUGCUCAAUGAAACUAGUAUUUAG